ACCUGAAGAGUUGCGCAUGCGCCGGAAAUGCGCUGUCAGUAGCCAGGGCACUGAGGACACGAUCUGUACCGCUGGCCAGGACAGCUGUGUACCAACAACCUUCUGCGUGUAAAGUCGGAGGACAUAUCUCAUAGUACACGGCAAGGUUCCCAACGCUGUGAUGCGCAGACGUGAUGCUGAGGAGUAAACCCAGGUUGUGGUGGGGUUAGCCGUCUAUGGCUGUUACGACCAUGGACCCAAAGCCAGUCCCUCAGUCCCAGGGCGCCCUGGGUGAAGGAUGCAGCUCCCUGCUGCCUGCGGGGGGCCUGGGCACCUGGCUCGGGCCGCAUGGGAAGCACUACGCGUGCGGCUCCAUCGCGGCCUUCACCAACAUCGUGAUCACGUUCCCCGUCCAGAAGGUGCUGUUCCGCCAGCAGCUGCACGGCGUGCUGGCGGUGGAGGCGGUGCGCCAGCUCCAGAGGGACGGCAUGAGGAACCUGUACCGGGGCCUGCUGCCCCCGCUGCUGCAGAAGAGCACCACGGUGGCCAUCAUGUUCGGCCUGUACGAGGACUUCUCCCGGCUGCUGCUGGACCGGGCGGUCAACACGGGCGUGCCGGAGCUGUUCACGCGGAGCUUCGCCGCGGCGCUGGCCGGGACCACGGAGGCCAUCCUCACACCGUUUGAGCGCGUGCAGACUCUGCUGCAGGACCACCGGCACCACGGACGCUUCAACAACACGUUCCACACCUUCCGGACGCUUCUGAGCGAGCACGGCGUCCGCGAGUGCUACCGGGGCCUGGUGCCCGUGCUGCUGCGCAACGGGCCCAGCAACGUGCUCUUCUUCGGGCUGCGGGGGCCCAUCAAGGAGCAGCUGCCGCAGGCCUCCAGCGGGCUUGGCCACAUCACCAUCGACUUUGUGUGCGGCGGCGUGCUGGGCGCCGGCCUGGGGAUCAUGUUCUACCCGCUGAACGUGGUGAAGUCGCGGGCGCAGUCGCAGGUGGGCGGGGAGUUCCGGUCGUGCGGCGAGGUGCUGCAGACGGUGUGGCGGGAGAGGGGCGGCAGCGUGGCCAAGUUGUUCCGCGGAGCCCAGCUCAACUACCACCGCUCGCUCAUCUCCUGGGGCAUCAUCAAUGCCACCUACGAGCUGCUGCUUAAGGUCAUGUGAGCGGCGGGCCCGGGGUGAGGGUCGGGUGAGGAUGGAAGGGAAGUGAUUCAGAACAAGGUGUGGAGUUGACAGUUGAUUGAAAGGAGGUGUGGCCUCGGGUCCAACGCAGGAAGCAUUGAGGUUUGUCCGAACACAACAGAAGUUCAAAGUUGGGGUUCCACGACUUAGGGAAGACAACAUUCAGGGGGAAAGAACGUAACUGCCAUUAUUACAUUUUGCUAUUGUUGCGGAAUUUAAAUGACACGUGCUUAAGCCUGAAUAACCGAAAAUAUCGUGUUCAAGGGUCCAAUUGACAUAGCCUACAUUAGACCCUCUGGGCCUGCAUUCAUUUUGGGAGAAAAAUUCUUUCAGGCAUUUGUCAGAAAUCUCAAGGAUUAGUUUCUACUUUGUGUGUUUGUUGAGUUGUUUUGUUUCAAUUUGACCAAGAUCAGUUGCUGUGCAAAGUUGCGACCUACCAUGCCACCGAACAAAAUCAGCAUAACAAAUGUAUUGAUGAACCCCAUCAUCCAUUCUAAUAAAACGUUCCCAUUUUCACACAUCUAUGCCAAUCAGACUAAAUAUUGAAUUGUUUUUGUCAAACAGUGUCUGUCCUAGUUUCUUAUCCUAAGUGCUACUGCCAGUGUGGUUGUGUAUUUAAGUUUUGACCAAGUGCCCACUGAUGUAUACGUUUGUAAAAUAUACAUUGAUGUAUAGCCCAGAACCUGAUUUUAACUGUAAAGACACAUAUAUUUGCAGACAUUGAUUCACGAUAUUCUGUCUAAUGACAAUGCUAAAUUGCUUUGCCACUCUUGACACUUAAUUUUGUUUUGAUUUUUCACCUGCAGUUGUUCAAUAAUAUUUGAUAUAUUACAUACUUUAUUUGGAACCAGUCCGAAUGCGAGCAGAUUUGUCCUGCUUCCAUUACACGUUGUUGCUUUUGCUCUCUCGCUCCGUAUUCCCCCUUAUAUUCUGUGCUCGCUCGCUCUCCUCCCUGCCUGUAACUCCUGCUGACAUAAUGGGCUCAGAUUUCAAGCCUGAGUAGAGGCAGCCGCCAGACUGUAGUUCACUCCGGAUGUGACAGCCCAGUGAGGAGAGGCUGGAGGGUGAUGGAGAGAGAGGUUCAUAUUCAGUGGCACACAGGGCUCCAGCUGCCGUUUCACCAGACCUUGUGACCCAUCUAUUUGUUACUCCCACCCUGGUAAGCACAAGUGUGUCUAAGUAUUUCGGCUGGCUGCGGCUUGCUGCAGGAUAAUGAACAACGCUGCACUAAUACCAAAAACGAGAUGACAUCAAAUGCAUGUGUAAUCGUGACUUCCGAGUAUUGUUUUACGUUUUCUACAAAAGCGCGGGUUUUGAGGAGAUUUUUCAAAUAUCUUAACUGACUGAAGGCUCUGAGCUUAAUUCAAAGUUCAAUAGAAAUAGUGAUGGAUUGCUUACAGUUAGUAUCUGAUUAACUACAUAUAUCAAUUCAUAUAUCUCAAUCACAGCAAUGUAUUGAAUAAAAAUAAAUAGCACAAAAA